UCUUUUAAUGGUAACCGUAGAUAUGUUUUGACAUGAAAAAACCCUAAAAUCUAAAACCUAUUAUAAAGCUGAGAAAUCAUAGGGUCGAUAGGAAGGAGGAAGGAGAGAGGAGGAAAAUCACAGCUGAAAUGGCAGCUAAAAAGCCCCGAUCGACGAGGAACAAAGAACUGAUUAGAGGCGUAGGGCGUUUCUCUAGAUCGAAAAUCUAUCAUAAGCGAGGGCUCUGGGCUCUCAAGGAGCACAAUGGGGGGUCAUUCCCCCAACACGUCAAGCCAACUGCAGAACCUGCUGUCGACGCGAAGAAAAAGUCCCCUAAAUUUUACCCAGCCGAGGACGUACCCAAGCCUCUCAUUAACAAGAGGAAGCAUAAGUGCACCAAACUUAGGGCUAGCAUCACACCGGGGACUAUUCUCAUCAUUUUAACAGGCCACUUCAAAGGAAAGCGUGUUGUUUUCCUUAAACAGCUUGAAUCUGGGCUUCUUCUCGUUACAGGUCCAUUCAAGGUGAAUGGAGUGCCAACGAGGAGGGUCAAUCAAGUGUAUGUCAUUGCUACUUCUACGAAGAUAGAUGUGAGCAAUGUUGAUGUAAGUAAAUACGAUGAUAAGUAUUUUGAAAGGGAGAAAGUCAAGAAGGAGAAGACCGAGGAGCAAUUUUUUGAGGCUGAGAAAAAGCCAGAAAAGUAUGUAGCUCCACAUAGAAAGGAGGAUCAAAAGGUCCUGGAUGAACAAGUCCUGAAGGCGGCCGAAGCAAUUCCUGAUUUGAGACACUAUUUGUCUGCUCGAUUUUCUUUAAGAUCAGGAAUGAAACCCCAUGAGCUUGUCUUUUAAGGGACUGGCAAAAUGGAGGAAUAUUUUUCCUUAGUUCAGAGAAUUGUUAAUGCUUUUCGGCAGAAUUUGUUUUAGGCAGCUGGUACUGAACUGUCUCAAGCCUGUUUUGGGUAAAUUUUGACAUACUUAAUUGUAAGAUUCAUUUGUAGUAAAUCUCUGCUUGAUUUUUUAUCAAGGUUCUUAA